AUGAAAGGCGCUGGUUUCCCGCCUUUCCUUCUGGCUGCUCUCCUUAUCUUUGCCAUGCAAGUGGGGGCCAUGGAAGCGGGGAGCCCUCUCUCGGGCUCUCGCGCUGGCGGCCAGCAGCCGCAACGAGAGGCACCGAGUUUCUCCCGGCAGCAGAGGAAGAGCUUGGCGAUGGAUUUCAUCGUGCCGUCGCUGUUCCGAACCUACCUGAGGGAGCUGGUGCUGGGUGACGGGGGCAGAGACGAACCCUUGGGAGGGUUCAAGGCCCACUGCAGCUUGGUGCUGGACUGCCCGCCGCUUUUGCGCACGGCUAGCUCCUGGCUGCCUAGAAGCGGAGCCGCGGAGCCGGCCGGACGCGCCAGAGCACAGUCCAAGGUGCUGAAAGCGGGUUCGGUGCGGAAGCUGCGCCGCGCCAAGCAGCUGGUGCUGGAAGUGGGAGAAGCCAACCUAAGGGAGGACUGUGCGUGGCGUUCCGAGGAAGGAGUCGUGGCGACGGCGAGCCAGCUCGAGUUUAGCCUCACCGAGGAAUUCAGCUGGUGGAUCCGCUCCGGGGAAGGCAGGCUGAGAAUUCGGUUGAUGCCCGAGAGGAAGGCAUCUUUCCUGGGCAGGGAAGGCAGUCUAUCAGCGGCCAUCAGGGCGUCCCAGCCCCGCCUAUUUCUCCAGAUGGCCACCAGAGAUACCAGCAUUCCAGAAUCGCCAACAAACACUCCCCCACAUCCUUUGGAUUUCACUGCCUGGAACUUGUCCUGGGUGAUGAAAGAUUCCUUCCCUUCCUUCAUUCCAAGAGGGCAAUGCUUUUUUGACUGCAAUUUUGAAUCACCCUGUGACCUAGAAUAUUUCCCACCAAUGAGGGACGGCCAUAACAGAUUCUGGCACAGACUAGCUGCCAACGAACUCUCACAGCUUCAUUUUCUGGAUGGUCCAGAUAGAGAUUACUCUGAAGAUUCUACAAAAGGUUCAUUCUUGUAUCUUAAUACAUCAGAAAAUAUGAACUUCCUCCUUUUGAGCCCUUGGCUGAGAAGCAGUAGUGAAGACUGCAUGGUACAAGUGGCUGUCUACAAAUACUUCCAAGCAAGUGGGAAGUAUGUUGCUCAGGUCCUCCAUGCUAAUGAAAGCCACAUCAAAACCCCAUUGAUUCCUGGCAGAGAAAAACAUGGAUGGGUGCUUCUUCAGGAACGGGUUGGACAUCUAGAACAGCCUUUUCGGAUCUCCUUGGAAUAUACUGCUAGUGGGAACAGGAGUAUAGCUGCUGUCGAUUCAUUUGCAAUGAAGAAUUGCAGCACAGGACCACCUUCUGCCUCUAAAAUGGCUCUUCAAAGUUCCUUCAACUGCUGGAAUGGAACAGUGAUCAAGUUGGGACGGGCGUGUGACUUCAUCAGAGAUUGCGCAGAAGGAGAAGAUGAGGGACAGAUAUGCAAAAAACUUCCUACUGGUUUUUAUUGCUCCUUUGAAGAUGGAGACUGUGGCUGGACUCAAGGUUCAUCAACUUCCCCAAAGGCUCAACUGUGGCACAUUGGGAAUCCAGAAUAUCACCCUUUUUGUUCACUGAAAGAAUGUGCACUUUUGCUUAAUACCAGUGAGACACCCAUUGCAGAGACAGUUAUGGUGACUAGUGCUGUAUUUCCAGCUCCAAUGAAAAAUUCUCCCUGUGAGCUUCAGAUAUCAUGGCUCCUCCAAGGCACUUUGCUUGGAGAUGUCUCCCUUGUCCUUGUUGAGAACAAGACUGGAAAAGAGCAGAGCAGAAAGCUCUGGCACUUGGAUGACCAGAAAGGAUUGGGAGCAUGGGAAAAGAUGAUCAGACCUCUCCCUGAUGUUUCUGACAGAUUUUGGCUUCAGAUUGUUGCAUCCUGGAAAGCUGGAUCAGAAGCCAUCAUUGCCUUUGAUAAUGUGUCUCUCAGCCUGGACUGUUAUCUGACAAUCAAUGAAGAGAAAACAUCUCGAGACAACAGACCAGAUGCAGACAAUCUGCCCUAUGAAAGAGGCAGGGGAGAAGGACAUUUUGAAGAAAGACCAACACAGGUUCCUGUUCCAGUUGGCUCUGGAGAUAAUUGGAUGUUUACCACCUGUGGUGCCAGUGGGGCACAAGGGCCCACGCAGACCCAGUGUAAUGAUGCUUAUAGGACCUCCAAUCUUAGUGUACUGGUAGGAACAGAGGAACAUUUUCCUGGCGUACAGAUGUGGAGAGUUCCCGCAGCCAAUACAUACAGCAUCUCAGGCUAUGGGGCAGCUGGUGGCAAAGGGAAAAACAGUAUGAUGAGAUCAUAUGGCGUGAAUGUCGUGGGAAUAUUUACACUCAAGAAGAACGACACCUUAUAUAUUUUGGUGGGGCAACAAGGAGAAGAUGCUUGUCCUAGUAUCCAUCAUGCCAUACAGAAAGUCUGCCGCGGAGAGAAUAAUGUGAUUGAAGACGAAAUUAAAGCCAAUGGAAGCGUCCAAGAAUGGGCAGGAGGAGGAGGAGGAGGAGGAGGUGCAACUUACGUAUUUAAGAUGGAGAAUGGAAAGCCAGUCCCCUUGAUCAUUGCAGCAGGAGGAGGUGGCAGGGCCUACAGGGCCAAAGCCUAUACAUCAAACCACGAAAGGCUGGAGAAUGAUAUAUCUAUUCCAGGGUUCAAUGGGAAAUCUGGAGCCGCAGGUGGUGGAGGCGGCUGGAAUGAUAGCACUUCCUUCCUCUGGUCGGGAAAAUCCUUGCUGGAAGGUGCUACCGGAGGAAAAUCCUGCCCCCAGGCCAUGAAGAAGUGGGGGUGGGAGACAAGAGGGGGUUUCGGAGGGGGUGGAGGGGGGUGCUCCUCAGGUGGAGGAGGCGGAGGAUAUAUAGGUGGCAAUGCAGCAGAACAAAAUGACCCAGAGAUAGAUGGAGAGGAUGGUGUAUCUUUUAUUAAUAGCCAGUAUGGUUCACUCUUUACUCCUGCAUUAAAAGUGACAGAGAGGCAUGGUGAAGUCAGCAUUAAGCUAUAUUUGAACUGUAGUCACUGUGAUCAUGACAUGUGCCACGGGGAUAUGAAGACUCAGGAGGUUGUUUGCAUUUGUGGCUAUGGAUAUGUGUUGGCUAAUGAUGGUGUCUCUUGCAUAGAUGAACUGAUCCUGCCCACCAAGAAUCCUCCUCUUUCUUUGGUCUUGUCGGUAGUCACUUCAGCUCUGGUUGCUGGUCUUAUUCUAGCCUUCUCAGGCAUCAUGAUAGUGUAUCGGCGGAAACACCAAGAGCUUCAAGCUGUGCAGAUGGAGUUACAGAGCCCUGAGUAUAAGCUGAGCAAGCUGCGUACCUCCACAAUUAUGACAGACUACAACCCCAAUUACUGCUUUGCAGGGAAAACUACUUCCAUUAGUGACCUCAAAGAGGUGCCUCGGAAAAAUAUUUCUUUGAUAAGGGGUCUAGGCCAUGGAGCUUUCGGGGAAGUGUAUGAAGGUCAGGUGAUUGGGAUCCCCAGUGACCCCACUCCUUUGCAAGUGGCUGUAAAAACAUUACCAGAAGUUUGCUCAGAGCAAGAUGAGCUGGAUUUCCUGAUGGAAGCUCUUAUAAUAAGCAAGUUCAACCAUCAGAAUAUUGUACGCUGCAUUGGGGUGAGCUUACAGGCUCUGCCUCGCUUUAUUUUGCUGGAGCUCAUGGCUGGAGGAGACUUGAAAUCUUUCCUGCGGGAGACACGGCCAAAGCCGAUCCAUCCCUCCUCCCUAACGAUGCUGGAUUUGCUCCAUGUAGCUCGUGACAUUGCUUGCGGCUGUCAGUAUUUGGAAGAAAAUCACUUCAUUCACAGAGACAUUGCUGCUCGAAAUUGCCUCCUUACUUGUAAAGGUCCUGGAAGAAUAGCUAAAAUUGGAGAUUUUGGGAUGGCCCGGGACAUAUAUAGAGCCAGCUACUACAGAAAAGGAGGGUGUGCAAUGCUGCCUGUCAAAUGGAUGCCACCUGAAGCCUUCAUGGAAGGGAUAUUCACAUCGAAAACAGAUACCUGGUCAUUUGGAGUGUUGCUGUGGGAAAUAUUCUCCCUUGGAUAUAUGCCCUAUCCCAGCAAAAGUAACCAGGAGGUCUUGGAAUUCGUCACAAGUGGAGGAAGGAUGGACCCACCAAAAAACUGUCCUGGCCCUGUAUAUCGAAUAAUGACCCAGUGCUGGCAACACCAGCCUGAAGACAGGCCACACUUUGCCAUUGUACUGGAGAGGAUUGAAUACUGCACCCAGGAUCCUGAUGUCAUCAAUACGGUUCUGCCUGUGGAGUAUGGCCCAUGCAUUGAAGAAGAAGAAAAGGUUCCCGUGCGUCCUGAAGAUCCUGAAGCAAUUCCUCCUCUGUUAGUGUUGCCACAGCGAGAUAAAAAGGGUGCUGAACAGCUCCUGCCUUCCCCAUCCUCUCUCCCCUUUGCCAUUCAAGCAGGAAAAUCUCUCAUGAAGGCAGCUGCUGUUGAGCCAAUUACCCAGGCUAACAUCCAGGCUUCCUUAGAAGGGGGACAUGUCAACAUGGCAUACACUCAAUCAAUUCCUGCAACAGAGCUCCACAAAACCCGGGGGUCCAGAAAUAAGCCUACCAACCUCUGGAACCCAACAUAUGGCUCUUGGUUUUCAGAGAAGCCAGUUGUCAAAAAGACUUCUCAGCUGGAAAAAGAGGCAGCAGAGCAGGAAGAUUCAAGGCAUGAAGGCAACUGUACUUUGGGGCCCAGCAUAAUGGCUGGAAGGCUGCCAAGCUCUUCCCUUCUUCUAGAACCAUCUUCACUGACAGCCAGUGUUAAGGAAGUGCCUCUCUUCAGGCUCCGCCAUUUUCCCUGUGGCAAUGUUAACUAUGGAUACCAACAGCAAGGCCUGCCCUUGGAAACCUCAGCCCCACCUCUGUGCCAGCAGUUACAAGGACCCUCACCUUAGGAACCAGCUGAACCAGCCUCUGGUCUUCUUGACUUUCUUCCCAUGUGACUCAUGAGGCUUGGCACAAACUUCAGUGUCAACCAUAUAGCAAGCACGAGAACAGAACAGAAUUCCUUUCUGUUAUGUGCCAAUCUGCUCUGAAGUG